GGAACGGAAGGCCCGGCGGCGUCACGUGACACGGAGCGCGCCCCGACCGGGGCUUUGGAAGCGGAAGUCGCGAUGUUUGGAGCGCCCGAACCUCAAGGCCCGUCUCGGCGGUGCUAAGGGCGGAGGAGGAGGAGGAGGAGGGGUGGUCGAGUGGUUGGGGACCCGGCUUGCUUCGGCGAGGGACGGGUUAUGGCGGCGGCAUCACCCCUCGGGGGCGAGUGGGUGCCGUUGUGCGCGCUGCUGGCUCUGGCGACGCUCGCCGGGCAGGUGGUCGGAGAAAAGAAUUCUGAGGAUGUCCGAUGUAAAUGCAUCUGUCCUCCAUAUAAAGAACAUGCUGGUGACAUUUUCAGUAAAAAUGUUUCACAGAAAGAUUGUGAUUGCCUUCAUGUUGUGAAUCCCAUGCCAGUUCCUGGGCCAGAUGUGGAAGCCUAUUGCUUACGCUGUGAAUGCAAAUAUGAGGAAAGAAGCUCUGAAACAAUUAAAAUUACCAUAAUCAUAUAUUUAUCAAUCUUGGGUCUGCUCUUGCUGUACAUGGUAUAUCUCACCUUGGUAGAACCUAUUCUAAAGAGACGGCUCUUUGGACAUUCACAACUAAUACAAAGCGAUGAAGACAUUGGGGAUCACCAGCCUUUUGCAAACGCUCAUGAUGUGUUGGCUCGUUCCCGAAGCCGUGCCAAUAUGCUGAACAAAGUGGAGUAUGCCCAGCAACGUUGGAAACUUCAAGUCCAAGAACAGCGCAGAUCUGUAUUUGACCGUCAUGUUGUGCUCAGUUAAUAAGUGCAGUUAACUGUCUUUAAAUGGUGUUCAAAGAAAAUUAAUGGACUAAAGUAAAGCACUGAUUUCUGUCUUCCCAGAAUGUCACUUCAUCAGAAGACUUAUUUUGCUUAUUAGUAGCAAAGGAAGUGCAAGUGGAAGGAAGAUAUUAAUAUCUUUUAUCAAGCCAAAAUAUCUGUAUACUAUUAAAUUACUUUUAUUAAUAAAACACAAGCAAUUAUCUGUGUGAUGAAUUUGCUAUUGAGAGAUAAUUGACUAUAGCUCUUAAAUCCAAUUUUCACUAGUAUCUGUCUGGAGGAAUGAGAAGAUUCAAAUUACUGGCAUAAUGAUCUUUUGUAAAUAUAUCCAAUUUUCUUACCGUCUGUUAUGAUUCAGAAAUUUGCAUUGUACAGUAUAGCUGUCACAUUUAAAACUGGUUGCUUGUACACAUUUUGUUGCUUGUACUGUCAAUUUAUUAGCUGACCUUUGUGAAUGGUGAAUGGACAGACAGUGGUGAGCUAAAGGUAUGGGGAAGAGACUUAGUGCUGUGCACAACAGGAGACCUGCUUGUUAAAAGCUUUGUGUGAUAUCUAAAAACAAUUAUUCAUGCAGAUUUCACUAGAUGGUGGAUAAUAUUUUUUAAAAAUAGCUUGCUAAUGGAAUGCAAAUAAAUUCUUCAGAAUCUCA